AUGGAUUCCGACGAGAUCGUGCCAGAUAAUCCCCAAAAUGUGGGCGAAGAUCUGGAUGAAAAGUAUCCAAAUCGGCCCCAUAACCGCGCCCCAACGUUUGCAUUCCACGAGCUCUAUCUUAAUCUGUUCAACCCUCUCAGUGAAAUCAAGAAGAAACCUGCGGGCUCAAAUCUAGCUCGUCGAAAGGCUGGGCCUCAUGGAAAAGGAGCAGCAGGCCUCAGUCCGUUCGAGCUCCGCCGUGAUAUUAUCAUUCGCUUCAUCGCACGCUGGCGCAAAGAUGUCGGCGACGACAUUUACCCUGCAUUCAGACUCAUUCUUCCAGAUAAAGACAGAGAUCGUGCCAUGUAUGGUAUGAAAGAAAAGGUCAUCGGGAAGAUGCUGGUGAAGAUCAUGAAAAUCAACAAGGAAUCAGAAGACGGCCAGACUCUUCUGAAUUGGAAGCUUCCAAGCCAAACCACAGGGCGUAUGGCGGGAGACUUUGCAGGACGGUGCUAUGAAGUUCUCGUGAAGCGGCCGCUGCGGACAGAGCCAGGUUCCUUGACGAUCGAGGAAGUCAACGAGAAGCUGGACAAGCUCUCAAUCGCCUCAAAAGAAGAGGAGCAAACGCCUAUUCUAGCAGAGUUCUACAAGAAAAUGAAUCCGGAAGAGCUCACAUGGCUUAUUCGUAUCAUUCUACGACAGAUGAAGGUUGGGGCUACGGAGCGCACCCUGUUCCAUGCAUGGCACCCAGAUGCUGAGAGUUUGUACAACAUUUCCAGCAGCCUGCGGCGCGUAUGCUGGGAGUUGCAUGAUCCGAAUAUCAGACUCGAGGGAGAUGACCGUGGCAUUGCUCUAAUGCAAUGUUUCCAGCCUCAACUAGCCCAAUUUCAAAUGCACUCGUUUGACAAGAUGGUCGCUCGGAUGCAACCAACCGAGGAAGAUCAAGUCUUCUGGAUCGAGGAGAAGAUGGACGGUGAACGCAUCCAGCUCCAUAUGGCGCCUGAUGACUCUGUCCCGGGAGGCCGGAAAUUUGCAUUUUGGUCCCGCAAAGCCAAAGAUUAUACCUAUCUGUACGGGAAUGGCCUUCACGAUGAAAAUGGUGCGCUGACUCGGCAUUUGAAAGAUGCAUUUGCGAAUGGAGUGCGAAGUGUUAUUCUUGAUGGAGAAAUGGUUACUUGGGACCCUGAGCAAGAUGCUCUCGUUCCAUUUGGUACUCUGAAGACUGCGGCGAUAGCGGAGCAACGCAAUCCUUUCUCGAAAGGGCCGCGACCCUUGUACCGCGUAUUUGAUAUCCUGCACUUGAAUGGCGCGGAACUGACCAAAUAUACUCUCCGCGACCGUCGUAAUGCCUUGCAAAAAGCCCUUCAACCAGUUCAUCGUCGAUUCGAAAUUCUCCCUUAUGAAGAAGCGACUACAGCAGCAGAGGUAGAAACGUGUCUGCGCAAGGUCGUUGCAGAGGCGUCUGAAGGUCUUGUUCUCAAGAACCCUCGAUCGCCCUAUCGUCUCAACGAGCGUCAUGACGACUGGAUGAAGGUCAAGCCAGAUUACAUGACUGAGUUCGGCGAGUCUCUUGACCUUAUCGUGGUCGGGGGUUAUUAUGGCCAAGGUCGCCGCGGUGGCUUCCUAGCGAGUUUUCUUUGUGCUUUACGCGUCGAUGACAACGAGUCUUCGCAGAAUACAGAUUCCUCGAAAUUCUGGUCAUUUUGUAAGGUUGGAGGAGGAUUUACUGCUGCUGACUACCAAGAAGUCCGCCACAUUACAGAUGGAAAGUGGAACAAAUGGGACCCCAAAAAGCCACCUACACACUUGAUAGAGUUGGCUGGGGGUGAUUCCCAGAAUGAACGACCUGAUAUGUGGAUCAAGCCAAGCGAUUCUAUUGUUCUUUGUGUGAAAGCAGCCUCUGUCACCCAAAGUGACUCAUUCCGCAUGGGGAUGACAGUGCGUUUCCCACGCUUCAAGACGCUACGCAAAGACAAGAACUGGAAAACAGCUCUUUCAGUCCAGGAGUUUUUGAACCUCAAAUCAAAUGCCGAGCAGGAACAGCAGGAGAAGCAAUUUGAUGUCGAUAACUCUCGGAAGAAGCGUCUUAAGCGGGCAACGAAAAAGCCAUUGAAGAUUGCUGGAUAUGACGGAGAGAGCAAUGUACAAUACUCAGGCCCCUCGGGCCAUGUGUUUGACAACUUGAACUUCUUUGUGAUGACCGAGUCAACUUUCCCCGAAAAGAAGUCCAAGGCGGAGCUAGAACAAUUGGUCAAAGCCAACGGAGGCAGGAUCUACCAAACUAACACUGCCGCUCUAGAUACAAUCUGCGUCGCAGAGAGAAGAACGGUCAAGGUGGCGUCUUUGCAGAAAGUCGGCGAUACCAACAUCAUCAGACCAUCCUGGUUAAUUGACUGCGUGAAGCAGAAUGUCAAAGAUGUUGGACUACCUGAUUUGAUCCUUCCUUUUGAGCCAAGACAUAUGUUCUUCAUCAUGGAAGACCGGGCUGAAGAGAUCAAUAUCAAUGCAGACUGUUUUGGUGACAGUUAUGCCCGUGAUACCAGCGUCGAAGAGCUCAAGGAGAUUCUUCAGCAAAUGGGAACUGUCAAGCAGGAAGCGGCUCCUGUACUCGAUGCAUCCACAUCGCAAAGAAUCGAGGCUCGGAUCCAAGAAAAGGUCAAUUCAGGGUACACAGCACCUUGCGGGUGGCUUUUCCGUGGUCUAUCGUUCUUCUUCUCGCCAGUCAAUCAGACAAAUGGAGAGGAUGAUGGAAUGAUAUCACUUGACCUAACUCUCGAGCUCUUACAAAAUACCGCUAGUUUUGCGGGAGCAAACAUCGCCACCUCUCUGGAAGCCCCCGGUAUCACCCAUGCCAUUGUGAAUUCAGAGACCGCAUCCCCGGCGAAGUUAGACUCUUUGCGAAAGUCGGUGGCUGCUCUGCCGGGCCGCAAAGUGCCACAUCUAGUCACCUCCAAGUGGGUUGAAGAGAGCUGGAAAAAUGGUACUCUGUUAGACGAAGAGCGUAAGUGA